AUUAUAACAGCUGCUGAUGUGCAGAACCAGAGCAGAGAGCAACACCAAAACACCUGCAGACAGGGAAAUAUAAUCAUUUAUUAACAUAAAACACUCUGCGCACUGUGACAUCACGGUUCUAAGCUGCUGUGCGUCCAUUCAGGGGCUCUGAGAAAAGUCACACUGCUCUCGCAUGCAGUCGGAUUGGAUAUUUAUGAAGCUUUCAAGGCCUUUUGAUUGAUCGGUCACUCCAUGGGGAUUCUCGGGUGCAUUCCGUCUGGUUUCUCCCACCCUUCACCCCUCGGCCUGCCCUCCCCCCUCUACAACACCGCCUCCAUACAAAUUAUGAAACUGGUAUUAACUGAAUGGCAAAUUAUAUGGAUUUUUACUGUUUCCAAUAGACAGUAAACACAAAUACACACACACAAACACACUCUCACACACACACACACACACACACAUACAGACUCACAUACACAUUCACGUACAUACACACAUCAAAGGGAUUGACCUGACAAACGGCACGUUUUGGAAUGUUUGCCGCGCCUUGAAUGUGAUCCACGGAACAGGACGUCCAACGGAGCUGCAUUGUCACAUCGAGUGUGUUUGGUUCCGUUGUGAUUUGCGUGAUCAUUCCUCUGAGUGCAUGCCGACGGCGACGAUGGCGCCCCAGAACACUGAGGCUGAAGCCGUGCAGAUGCAGGCCGUUGUGGCGGUGUCUGUGGAGAAACGGGGCGGAGGAGGAGGUGGGGCUAAUGAAGGGGGUGGAGCUGGAGGGCGGGAUUUGGAGAGUCAGGAGGAGUCGGUCAGCGAGGCCUCUAUAGAUCGCAUCCCGCUACACCAGUGGAUCAUGCACGGUGCCGUCAUGUUCGGCCGAGAGUUCUGUUACGCCAUGGAGACGGCGCUAGUCACGCCCGUAUUGCUGCAGAUAGGUCUUCCUGAGCAAUACUACAGCCUGACGUGGUUCCUCAGUCCAAUCCUGGGUUUAAUCUUCACUCCUCUGAUUGGUUCGGCGAGUGACCGCUGUACUCUGCGCUGGGGCCGCAGGCGACCCUUCAUCCUGGCACUGUGUGUGGGCGUGCUGUUGGGCGUGGCUCUAUUUCUCAACGGUUCACUGAUAGGUCUUGCUGUAGGAGAUGUGCCAAAUAACCAGCCAAUAGGGAUCGUGAUGACAGUUUUGGGGGUCGUGGUGUUGGAUUUCUGCGCUGAUGCUACGGAGGGCCCGAUACGAGCAUAUUUGCUGGAUGUGGCAGACACAGAAGAACAGGACAUGGCCCUCAACAUCCACGCCUUCUCUGCAGGGCUGGGAGGGGCGGUCGGUUAUGCUCUGGGUGGUCUUGACUGGACGCACACCUUCCUGGGUCGGGCCUUCAAGUCUCAGGAGCAGAUUCUGUUUGUUUUUGCAGCUAUUCUCUUCACAGUUUCCGUCGCUCUUCACCUCUUCAGUAUUGAGGAACAACAGUUCAGUCCGCAACAAGACCGUCUUGACGAAGAAGCUGAAACCGAAUCGAACACUAAAAUCCACAGCUCUCUGGUAACACCAGCACACCAAACUCAACUUAACAUGAUCCACGAAGAUGAGUCUUAUGACCCCUAUGAUCAUUUCGACCACUAUAAGGACCGGCGCUCAGAACGAGAUCUAGACAUGGACUUCCUUGAUGUGGACAUUGUCCGUAGUAAGAGCGACUCCGUUUUGGCCAUGGCUGAUGCGACAUUGGACCAUCUCGAACACGAUAUGCUAUUCUUGCGUGAAAUCGAGCCUUCGAUCUUCCAAGACCGCAUUUCGUCCUAUCAUGGGUCGCUGCCACGGCGCAGCAGCAGUGCAGGAAGUCAGGAGUUCUUGCACCGUAAAUACAGUCGUCUUUCAGCAUUCUUGCAACAGGUAGAGCGUGACAGUGAGGAAGCUCUACUUACCAACCAACUCAGCGGAUCCAAAGCACCCAACGGACAACCAACGGACCUUAAUGGCAUCAACAGUCACACCCAACCCAACACGUGCAUGAAACCUUCAAGCACCAACGCAUCCAUGCGACGCAGGCGCCACACUUUCUACCGACAGUCGUCUUGUACCUUCUCCUACUAUGGCCGCGUGGGCUCCCACCGUUACCGCUACCGUCGCGCCAAUGCUGCGUUCCUAAUCAAACCAUCCCGCAGCAUGAACGACAUUUACGAGAUUGAGAAAAGGCAGAAGCAGAGGAAUGGGCAGAGGAUGAGACACCAGAGCGGGAACACCAACUCAAGUGGGGACACAGAGAGCGAGGAGGGCGAGGCGGAGACCACUGUACGACUGCUGUGGAUGUCCAUGUUGAAGAUGCCCAAAGAGCUGUUCAGACUGUGCAUUUGUCACCUGGUCACCUGGUUUUCCAUCAUUGCUGAGGCUGUUUUCUACACCGACUUCAUGGGGCAGGUCAUCUACGAGGGUGACCCCACGGCCCCGUUGAACUCCACUGCACUGCAUAACUACCACAAGGGGGUGCAGAUGGGCUGCUGGGGUCUAGUGAUAUAUGCCGCCACUGCUGCUAUAUGUUCAGCUGUACUGCAGAAGUACCUGGAUAACUUUGAGCUCAGUAUAAAGGUCAUCUACAUCCUGGGCACUCUGGGCUUUGCGGUCGGUACGGCAGUCAUGGCGAUCUUCCCAAAUGUCUAUGUCUCCAUGGUGAUGAUCAGCAGCAUGGGAAUUAUCUCCAUGAGCAUCUCGUACUGUCCGUAUUCUCUGCUGGGGCAGUAUCAUGAUAUUAAAGAGUAUGUUCAGCACAGCCCUGGGAACUCCAAGCGAGGUUUUGGCAUCGACUGCGCCAUCCUGUCGUGCCAAGUGUACAUCUCGCAGAUCCUAGUGGCGUCUGCGCUGGGGGCGGUGGUGGAUGCCGUGGGUUCUGUGCGGGUCAUUCCCAUGGUAGCGUCCGGCGGCUCGUUCCUAGGCUUCCUGGCAUCCUGCUUUCUCGUCAUCUACCCGGGGUCAAACGGAGAGGGCGACGCAUCAAAGAGCGAGCAGACAAAAGCUUUGACGUCCACUAGUAACGGCCAUGGAGAAAAUACGGUCACUGAGAAACCGAGAUUCCUGAAGCUCACCCGGAAAGGUGCCGCCACUACAACCUGCAAAGUGGAGUGCGAAUCCACGAUGUGAAACUACAGCUAACAUUCCCGAUGGCUGGGCACAUUUCUCCUCACAUCAACAAGACCAGCUCACUCGGAUGAGCGGAAGACACAGUUUUUCGUUUUUUUGGGAGUCGUUUUUGUUGUUAGAGUUGUUGUUUGUGCUUGUUGGUCCAUAUUUGGCCUGGUGUUGUGGGUCUCAGGGCAGCAGUAGGGUGAGGAUGGGCGUCCUUACCUCUCAGGGCCGCCAGGGGGCGACUCUGGGCUAAACUCUUCAGGGGAGAGAGAGAGGGCAUGCUGGUUCUCUCUCGCUCUUAUCGACAUGCACUUCCCUUGCACACUUCUAGGCUCAUCCAAAACAAAUCUAAUAUAAUGUAAAGAAACUUUAUCUAAGAGAAACAUACUUUAAUGUAAGUCAAUCGCUUCUAUAUUUUUUUUUCCUAUUAGAGUGCAAUAAUUUACAGUUAUUGUUUCAUUUUAAUGGAUUUAUUUUAAGCGUGUCAUGCAGGUAAAAUGGCGAAUCUCACAAAGACACCAAAAUCUAAAGAAAAAUAUUAUGUACAUGAAAAAUUUAUAUUUUUUAAAACCAUUGUGACAUUAUUUUCGUGGUAUAAAGCACAUUAUCCCCAAUUUUCCUUA